AUGCCUUCCCAUGGAUCCCUGGAGCGGCGUCUUGUGGAGCGUUUUCUGCGUUACACCGCGAUUCCCUCGCAGAGCGUCUUCCUUCACGACCAGAUGAGCCCCAACAAAAUCCCAUCCUCACCAGGCCAACAAAUCUUCGCGGAGCUUCUCGCGCGGGAGCUUCGGGAGGCCGGCCUGGAGGAGGUGGUGUGCGAUGAUCAGGCCACCGUCAGCGCCCUUUGCCGGGGAGGUCAGGAUGGAAAGGAAAGGGCCCCUCGGAUUGGGUUUAUCUGCCAUUUGGACACCUACGAUUGCGGGUUGAGCCCGGAGGUGAAGGCGCAGCUGCUACAUUAUGACCACGGGGAUGUGUGUUUAAACCGGGAGCGGGGGAUCUGGAUGCGUCUCGCCGAGCACCCCGAGCUGGGGCGGUACGAAAAUCAGGAUAUCUUAUUUACCGACGGGACGAGCGUGCUCGGCGCGGAUAAUAAGGCAGCGGUGAGCGUCGUGAUGGAGUUGGUGGCGACGUUAAAGACCCUGCCGAAGGGCAGCCAUGGGGAUGUUGUAGUGUGUUUUGUUCCUGACGAGGAGAUUGGCCUCAUCGGGGCGAAGAACCUCAACGUGCAGGAGUGUUUUGACGUCGAUUUCGCCUACACGAUCGAUUGCACGGAACUAGGGGAGGUGGUGUAUGAGUGCUUCAACGCCGCCACCGUUAAGCUGCGGUUUAAGGGUGUCUCCGCGCAUCCGAUGUCGGCCAAAGGGGUUUUGGUGAAUCCUCUUCUCAUGGCGAUGGAUUAUAUCGCGUUAUUCGAUCCUAAACAGACCCCGGAGUGCACAGAGCUACGGGAAGGGUAUUGGUGGUUUGCUGGGAUGCAGGCCACUACGACUGAAGCUAGCCUCCACGCGAUGAUCCGGGAGCACGACCUUGCGCGAUUUGACGCACGCAAACAGGCGAUGCUGGACGCGGUGAAGACGAUUGAACAGAAAUACCCCACUGGUCACGUGGAAAUUCAAAUUGAGGACGUUUAUUCAAAUAUUUCGAAUUCGAUAAAGGGUGACUUUACCGCGGUAGAGUUGCUUUUAGAGGUGGUGCAGCAGGCCGGGGUGGAACCGAAGGUGAUUCCAAUGCGUGGCGGUACCGACGGCGCCGCGCUCUCCACGCGGGGUAUUUUAACGCCAAAUUUUUUCACCGGUGCGCAUAAUUUUCACUCCCCGUUUGAGUUUUUGCCGAUUCCGUCCUUCGUAAAGUCCUUUGAGGUGGCACGGAAUAUUGUUUUGCUAGGCGCUAAGAGGGAGAUGAAACGGGCAUGA